AUGCCGCUCGCCCGCGAUCUGCUUCACCCCGACCCGGCCGAGGAACGCCAGCGACACAAGCUGAAGCGUCUCGUGCAACACCCGAACUCGUUCUUCAUGGAUGUCAAGUGCCCAGGCUGCUACAAGAUUACCACCGUCUUCUCCCACGCCCAAUCCGUCGUCGUUUGUGUCGGUUGCAACACCGUCUUGUGCCAGCCCACCGGAGGAAAGGCGCGCCUCACAGAAGGAUGCUCGUUUAGGAAGAAGCAGCAU